AUGAUUCCAUGCGAUAAAAUUCCAACCCUUCCGGAACUAUCAUUCGUCAUCGAGGGCAAGACCUUCACUCUCAAGGGAGACGACUACGUACUGAAAGUGAAAGCUGGUGGCAAAGAAAUUUGCCUGUCUGGCUUUAUGGGAAUGGAUUUACCGGAACGAGUUGGAGAGCUGUGGAUUCUUGGUGACGUGUUCAUUGGAAGAUACUAUACCAUUUUCGACGUCGGACAGGCUCGUCUCGGAUUUGCUCAGGCGAAGUCUGAAGAUGGAUUUCCAGUGCCACCCACUGUUCGAACCCUAAGUCCAUCCAUGGGUUAUGAUGGCUACAAAAUUGAAGACGACUACUUCUGA